UGAUUACACGUUCUGACGUCAUGCUUCUUUGCGUUAGUCGAGAGAACUGCAGAACGAUUUCACCUAUAUUUCUCUACAGAGCGUAUUCAUUAAUAUAGUAUUUUAUCGUCUAUGCGUUCCCGAUUAAACACAUAUAUUAUGGCUGUAAUAGGAAUUUGCAACGGAUAUUCUGGGAUGGGUUGUGCAGACCUUAUGUUAUAGCUUGCUCUGUGUGGACAUCACCGCCACCGUGGAAGAAAACGGCAGCUCAUGGCACCAGGCCUACACAAACUCGGGCACCAGCCCCCUUCCAGCACCACCCGAACACUUGUGCAAGGCCUGCGGAGGCCAGUAUGACGUUGCAAGAACGCAUGUCUGCGUGGAUUGCAAAAACAACUUCUGCAGCCGCUGCUCGGUGCAGAUGGAUCUCCGGCCGCGGAUGUGCCACACCUGUCAGCGGCUCCACUGCACCUUCUUUGAGCGGGCAGAGUUGAUGAGGCUGAAGGUGAAGGACCUCCGUGACUAUCUCCACCUGCACGAAACCCCCACGCAGAUGUGCCGAGAGAAGGAGGAGCUGGUGGAGCUGGUGCUGGCUCAACAGGCUCCCAGGGGCAGCGGCAGCGCCGAAUCCCAUUCACAGCCAUCUGCGCCUCUGCCUUCUCUUCCACUUGCAGAAUCUGAACCCCUCACAGAGGAGGAGGAUGAGGAUGAAGAGGAAGAGGAGGAGGAGGAGGAGGAGGAAGAAGAAGGAGAAGGAGAAGGAGAUGGAGAAGAGGGUGAGGAAGAUGAUGAAGAUGAUGAGGAAGAGUCCACAGACAGCGAGGAGACGCUGGUGCACAGCAGAAGAGCUUCCCUGUCUGACCUGAGCAGGGUAGAGGACAUCGAGGGCCUAAGUGUGCGGCAGCUGAAAGAGAUUCUGGCACGUAACUUUGUGAACUAUCAGGGCUGCUGUGAGAAAUGGGAGCUAAUGGAGAAAGUCACCCACCUCUUUAAUGAUCAGAAAGACCUUCACAACUUGGUGUCAAAUACAAAAACAGAAGCAGCUGAUCCUGCUGAGCCCAGCGGCCAGGAGGAGAACCUGUGUAAGAUCUGCAUGGACUCCCCCAUUGACUGCGUGCUGCUGGAGUGUGGCCACAUGGUCACGUGCAGCAAAUGCGGGAAACGUAUGAACGAGUGUCCCAUCUGCCGACAGUACGUGGUUCGGGCCGUGCACGUCUUCAGAUCGUGAAAUUCGGGUGCAAAGAGAAAGACUGCCCACUACAGGUUGUUGCUUUUUCACACAUGGAGCAACAUUUUGUCCAUGUUUUCUCAUAGUGUUCCAUUUUGCUGCUUUGUUUAUACGUUUACAUGAUUAAAUGCACUUAUUUGUUUUUUCAUUGCAACAGUGCUAUGUUGUGGCUUUGGAGUUGUGUUUACAUUUGUUGACUUCUGCACUUUUUAAUUAUUAGUCUUUUUCUUUAUAUCCAUCCUACAACAUUUGCAUCACUUUAAAUGUGUAAAUAAUAAGCAAACAAAAUUAAAGGUAAAAGAUGAUGAAUGUUCAUUAGAGGUUAAGAGCCUCAAGAAGUGUGUCUGCCAUCUGUGUAAACAACACUGUAUUUAAAUGGAUGAAAUAAGGUUGGAAAUUUCUGGGACUUUGAAUUUAAUUUGGAGCACGGAUUCUCAUGUUGGUUCUGUGUUUAAGUCUGUAUAGUAGUUCACCAUUACAGUUAAAUCACCACUAUAAUGUGACCACUUCAGGGGUCAUUCCACUCUUGGUUAAAUUUUCACACGGUACCAGUACUGGUACUCGUUUCUAGUGAGUAGGUGCUAUUUUCCAGGCUCUGUGCACUUCUAGAUCACAGACUGUCUCAUACUUUGGUCUUGACUCCAUAUCUUGGGCAGAACCAGUUUCUUCCAAACUGCCGAUAGACAUUCUUCUGGCUUGACAUUUUCUUCAGUACAUUCUUCUUCUUUUUUAUUCCACCGGUGGCUAGUUCUCCACCAUUACUAGAAAUACUAACAAGUCAGUGUUGGUCACAAGGUGCUCAUUACUGCCUACAUUUAUUGUUGUAUGAUAAAGUGUGUUAACCUAAUAAAACAUUUUCACAGAGCGAAA